AUGAAUGGUCUUUGCCGCGAUGGCCGAGUUCCGGGAGCAGCAGUUUUGCUUGAUCGGAUGGUUGAAAUGGGAUGUGCACCGAACGUCAUCACAUUCAGCACAUUAAUGAAUGGUCUCUGUCUCGAAGGUCGAGUUCAGGAAGCAGUAGCUCUGGUCAAUAAGAUGGUAGAGAAAGGUCUUGAGCCUAACAUUGUUACUUUCGGAACAAUUGUAAACGGAAUGGGGACAUUUAACGUGGACCAUCAGUUGUGUAGGAUGAAUUAA